AUGGUAUACGAUGUUGAAGCUAUAGCUGUAGGUACAGAAAAAUCUCUUGAGGAAUGUAACAAAACAUGCAAACGUAAUAGAUUGCGCGAUUCAGACACGGGAAUUAAACAAAAAACAAAUGCCUUGUCACCUAAAUUACCGGUGAAUCCGCCACCAGGGGCGUCAGCCUGCGAAAUUGACAGUGAUGGUCUGGCCAUAAUACCUCACCGUGAUUCUGAAAUGCUUCUUUUGUUUCUUAUCCAUUUCCUGCUGUUCUGUAUAAACAGUGUGCCUGGCCAACAAAUGUGUGGAGUAGGAUGUAAAUGUAACACGUAUGGUUUCUGUUCCGCCUGCGAGGAUGGAUAUUAUUUGAAAGGAUUGAAUUGUAUAAGAUGCUCAGAAAAUUGCGUUAAAUGCUCAUCGCACCAAACUUGUUUAAGAUGUGUCAUCGGAAAUUAUCUUUACAGGUAUAGUAUCGAUUGGGAUGUAUGUUAUCCGUGCUCCGAAGGGUGUUACAAAUGUUUAUCUAGAGAAAUAUGUUUAGAAUGUGACACGGGAUAUUUCAAGAGCGGUAAUUCAUGCAGAAAAUGUUCAUCCCAAUGUAAAAGAUGCACAGCAGAUAAUAAUUGCCUUGAAUGUAAUGUCGGCUUUCAUCAGAAUGGUACCUUGUGCUUCAGAUGUCCAGAAGGAUAUUUUGAGACCGGUGAUUCUUGCACACUUUGCCCAAACAACUGUGCUUCUUGCACUUUUUCUAAUGAAUGCACGAAAUGUAAGCAAGGGUACUUCGGCAUUACUUGUACACAGAAGUGCUCUCCUGGAUGCGUUGGAAACGUUUGCGAUCAAGACAUUGGUUACUGUACUUGUCAAGGUAACUUUACGGGAAAUGCAUGCGAUCUAUGUACUCCGGGUACAUUUGGUCCCACUUGUACUCGUGACUGCCCUAAUGGUAAUUGCUCUAAAUGUAAGCCAUAUUUUAAGUUGCCAGACUGUAUAAAAUGUGUGGAUGGCAGAUGGGGAAAGAACUGCAGCAGAGAUUGUCCAGACAGAUGUCUUUCCUGUUUAUCCAGUACAGAGUGCACAAAGUGCCAAAAUGGAUAUCAUGGCAAGCAAUGUGAAAUGAAAUGCUCUGAUGGAUGCUCGUUGUUAUCGUGUGAACAAGCAACAGGGGUCUGCUCUCAAAGUUGUAAAAAUAACUUUGCUGGUAAAUAUUGUGAUCUUUGUAAAAAAGAAAUGUAUGGACACGAUUGCAGCUUAUUAUGUCCAAUGAAUUGUAAGGGUCACGUAUGUAAUAAAAUGGAUGGAAGCUGUUCGGAAGGGUGCAAUCCUAAGUUUCAUGGGACUCACUGCAGUGGUUCAUGUCCGGCCAACUGCAAAACAUGUAUAUCAAAUACAGUGUGUCAGUCAUGUGAAGACGGACAUUGGGGAGAGCGUUGUCAGACAAAAUGUCCUGAUGGGUGUUUGGAUAGCACAUGUCGGUUGAAUGGAACUUGUAGUGCAUGUAUUCCUGGCUACUAUGGUGAUUAUUGUAAUAUAGAAUGCCCAAACAACUGCAAAGACUCUUUGUGCAAUAUGACAGGUUAUUGCAACGAUUGUCAGGCAGGUUAUUUUAAUGCCUUUUGUUCUGAACUUUGCUCUCCGAAUUGUUUAUCAGGUGAGUGCUUGAGGAAUGGAAGUUGUUAUUCCUGUCCAUCCGGGCUUUAUGGGACGAGGUGUGACGGAGCUUGCCAUGAGAAUUGUCAGUCUUGUACAGAUAAUAUGUCGUGCAAGUCAUGUUUCAAUGGUUUUUAUGGUCAGUUUUGCCAAGACAAAUGUAGUUACUGUAAAACAGGAACAGACUGUAACAUUGGUACUGGUUAUUGUGAAUUUUGUGACGAUGGUUUGUACGGCAACAAAUGCCAGUCAAAAUGUGAUACAAAAUGUCAAACUUGUAAUAGUUCUAGUGGUCGAAUUAAUGAAUGUUUAACGUGCAAAAUAGGUAGUUACGGACGAAAUGAAAGCAGUGGGUUUUAUCACUGCAGUAUACGGUGCUCUAGAAAUUGUAUGAAUACAACAUGUAAUGCUGACUAUGGCACAUGUGAACACGGCUGCAAACGAGGCUACUUGGGAGGACAGUGCGAGUUGGAAUGUCCCAAAAAUUGUCUUCACAGCGACUGUCACAGCUAUAAUGGAACUUGUAGGCAAGGGUGCUUAGCUGGUUUUAAUGGAGAUAAAUGCGACUGUCCAGUUAACUGUAUAUGUAAUUUAGAUGGCACUUGUGCCAAGUGUAAGGCUGGUUUUGGAAAUGUAGCUAAGAACUGCACAUGUACAUCGAAAGUAUGUAACAAUGUAAAACAAUGCUCAUCAUGCUUUAACUCAACGUAUUACGUACAAAGCAACUCAUGUUGUGAGUGUAAUAGCAAUUGCCGACAAAAUGAAUGUUUCUCUGAAUUUCACUGCAGACAUGGGUGUAAAGCUGGAUUUUACGGAUCCGCUUGUCUUUCUAAAUGCAGUACAAAAGAUGACAUGUGCACUGACUGCACAACAAACACUGAUGGAGAGUACGGCGGAUGUAUCUCUUGUAUACAGGGCUAUUUUCUAGACCAGCAUUCAAAUACAGCCAGCAAGCAUUGUAUAGAAUGCACAAAGACAUGCACUGAUGGGAAAUGUGAUGUUAGAACAGGUGUUUGCCUUAUUGGGUGUGUAAAUGGUACAUGGGGUGAUCGAUGCGAGAAGCAAUGCUUUGAAACAUGUUCGGUGUGUCAUCGGGGAACUGGAGCCUGUAUGAAAUGUGAAAGUAACACAUUGUUAGGACCACUUUGUGACCAAGAAUGUAAUAAUAAAUGUAAAGAUCACGACUGUGAUUUUGCGACGGGAAAAUGUAGCGUAGGAUGCGUGGUUGGCUUCUACGGAGAAGAUUGCAGUUAUUCAUGCAGCGAUAAUUGUCGCAACAGAACAUGCGAUAGAGAGACGGGAUCGUGUGACCAUGGAUGUCUAGAAGGUUUUGAAGGGGCCAUGUGUUCACAGGAAAAAACAAUCGAGAAUAACUCUAGUACAACAAAACAACUUGGUUCUGUAAUACUGCUUGUAUCCGUGGUAAUACUGACCAUUAGUGUAGUUCUGGUAGCUGUCAUACUGCUUAAAAGACAAAACCCCAAGCGAGAACGUGUAGUCAGUGGGAGGUUUGGUGAUGUUGUGACAUACAGACAAGUUAGAAGUACGUGUGACCGUUCGGAGGACAACUCUUUAGGCAUUGUCCCCAUAAAGAGAAAUAACAAACAGAAACAAACGCUAUCGGAAAACAAGAAACAUAAUGCAGCCUGUCCAGAAAGCUCAGCAUCCAACGUUGAUAACCAUCCAAAACACUGUCUGUCCGAAAGCACUGCUGAAUAUGCCACAAUCGAGAGGAAACAUGUAGAUACGAUGUUCCAAGAAGGCGCAGCAGAAUGUUCUGAAACAUUUGACGAUCGUAUAUACUUCAAUGCAGAUGAAGUUAUGAAAAGAAAAAUACCGCUAGAUCAACUUAGAGAGUUUGUAAAAAACAAAACUAUAGACAAUUAUGUUGAAGAAUUUAAGGAAUUACCGUCAGGACUUAUUAAGCCGCAUAAAGCUUCACAGAAGAGAGAGAACAUACUGAAAAACCGUUACAGAGACAUAUACCCUUAUGACAGUAAAAGGGUAAUUCUACGGGAAGGUAAAUCUGACUACAUUAACGCAAGUUACAUAGACGGUUACAUGAAACAAAGAGCAUACAUUGCUUCGAUGGGACCGACAAUCAAACAAAUGGGUGCUGAUUUUGAUGUAUUCUGGAACAUGGUCUGGCAGGAGAGAGUAGGCAAAAUUGUUAUGCUGACCAAUCUUAGAGAGUCUGGGGUACAGAAAUGUGAUAAAUAUUGGCCUGAUGAAGGAUGUUGUAACAAGUAUGGAAACGUGAAGGUCAUGUGUCAGGUUGAAGAGACCAAUGCUAAUUAUACAGCCAGGAUCUUCACAAUGGAGAAAACAGAGAGAAGGACGCUAUAUCAGAUGCAUUUUACAGCCUGGCCGGACAAAAGUACACCAAAACAAGUUUCCAGUUUAACAGACUUCUGGGAGAAAGUAAAAAGCAUAAGCACAACAGAAGAUGGACCUAUAAUUGUUCACUGCAGUGCAGGGGUUGGCCGAACGGGAACUUAUAUAGCACUGGACAUAUUAGCCAAUGAAGGAGUGUCUGAGGGUCACGUGGAUGUUUUUGCAUGUGUCAGAAACCUGAGGGAAGAACGCGUCUGCUUGGUACAGACAGUGGGACAAUAUCGAUUCCUCCAUGAGGCUUUGUUACAGAUUCUAUCCCCUGAUAACACCCAUGUAUGAUAAACCACACCCGGUUAAGCAAGAAGUGCAAACAUCACAUACCUGUUAUGAAUGAUAAUGGAGCUUUCAACAGUCACCAGCGAUAAAAUUGGAAAUUAUCAUAUAGUGCAGCGUGUUAAAAUGACGGCACGUUCAGUAUGCUAGGCUGAUGAAACAUUCUUUACCAAAUAAACGCUAAAUGUUUGAGUAACUGCUAUGUGAAUGUAUCUUAUGUUCUUUAAAUCAGCCGCUAUUAAUUCGCGAAUCUCCUUGUAUAUAUUUUUGCAGAAUUUUAUAAUAAUUACCUAGCAUGAGGCACAAGGGCUGAAAUUGAUAAAAAGGCUGUUAUUAAUGUAUACAGUAUAUGAAUAGAAAGCAAGAAUAAGUACAGACAAUCGUUGCAGAAUUUCAUGCAGUAAGUUAACACAUACACUUAAAUAAUUCUGUGACACUGGUUUGAUAUUGGGAUGAUAAUGUAACCUGUGUAGUCCAGCCAAGUUUGAGAGUGCGCUUAUAUUCCACAAAGUGUAUAUAUAUCCCGACUACAAUGAAUUGAAUUCAAUGGCAAAUUCUAAAAAGGAGGGGGGGGGGGGGUAAAAUAUAAGGAUAUGCUUGUACUGCAAUGUUAUAAAGCUAAUUUUUAAAGUUAUGAGUGUUUGCUUUAGGUAUAAGAGGUCCCGAGUUUUAUGUUCAGCUCGUGGGUCUGCUCUACAUGUAUCAUAAUAAGCGUUAUUGAUAUUUGAUAGAACUGUAAUAAUAACGUAAUUCAUUUGCAUGCACAAUUUUUGUACAAAGUUAAAAGCUGUUAUAACUUUAUGUUUUCAUGAAAUUUCACGCUAACAUUACGAGAGCGCAAAGCAAGCACAUGUGAAAUGCAGACAGAUGGCGUCUCUUUGCUUUAUGCCGUCGAUUUGUUCUUGCUUGUAUUAUCAGGUAUAAAAUUAAGUAAGUAAGUAAGUAAAAGAGCAAAUUGUUUGUUUCAUAUAUUUAAGAUGCAUAUAACUGAAAAGAUGAAGAGGUAUUACAUAAUGUGGAACAUCCAUAUAUAGGCAAUAAAUAUGCUUCAGAGGAAAGGACAAAUUUUGGUAAUUAAUUAAUGUCUAAAGUAUGUCUACUCACCAGUUUCUUAAUAGUUUGCAUAUACAAUGUUUUCAUGUUUGGAAUUUUGUACUGAUUUUCCUUAUUUGACGUUUGAAAAAGGAGUUGAACCGGUUCGUAUGCUACUUAUAAUUAAUUGCCGUCUUCAUUAUAUAUGUUCCUCAGUUUCUGAAUGUACAUGACUUCCAACAAUGAAGUUUCGGUCUUUGUAUUCAUCUCAAAAUAUAAAAAAAUGCAGUCAUCACAUAUUUCAAGAACAAUAUUCUUGACGUGUACAUGUAAUUGUUUUCAUUUUUUGAAUUUUAUUUUCCUUAUUCCGCUUUGAAAAAGGGAAUACGGAAACUGUGCAUUACUCAUUCGAAAUGACGAUUUUUACUGUUUAUUUAUCAUUUAAUUAUAUCUGAAUAUUUCUCUUUAAAAGAAUAAGAACCUUAAAAACUGCAGAGAAAUGAAAUAACAAGUAUAUAUAGGAUUAGAGAUGUUAUAAUUAUUGGAAUGCUCCUGCAGUUUUAAAAUAAAAUGUGGUGAGGCACCGUCUGCAGGCUAUAAAAUUCAGCUUUUGAACGUAAAAAGAAAGCCUGUUAUAGUGUACAGUUUAUGAAAGUGAUUAUCUGUGUAGAAAUAAGUAAAACAGAUGAGUUUAGUUAGAUGCUGGUACAGCAGAAUUCUUUAUUCUGUUGUUAAACAGAAACCUUUUAGCGUGUAUGAAACACAUUUCAUUGAUUCUAUGUCUUAUAUUGUACAAACUGACGUUGAAAAUUUCACGAUCAAGAAAAGUACUUUGCUUUAAUAAACAAAGAAAUAUCAGAACUUGUUUUACUGAUUUUAGCAUUAGCUCUUAACAUAAUAACUAGUUGACAAAAAGAAAUCCUGCUCUGACAAGAGGUUUUGUGAAUUAUGACGUUCUGCAGAAACUCAGAAUGAGACCCAUUUUGUUAUUGGUUGUAUUAUAAUUUAUAUAACGCAUAGCGCGAGAAAAUAUAUAAGACAGUUGGUAAUUAUUCACUUCUCAAAUAUGUCCUCAUAUAGCUUAUGAGUAGUGAAAAUACUGAAUGUAAUCAACCUUUUGGCAAGUUCAUGAAUGUUAUAACAUGAAGUGUGAAUUGUUUAGAAAUAUCUGUAUAACAACACAAUAAAAUGAUGUAAAUACGUGUGCUUCUGAUCUGGUCAUUACUUACUUACACUCUGUAAGAAUAUGUUUGUGCUCAGCUGAAUUUGUAUAUUUUAUUAAUGGAAAAAUUAAAACUUCUUAACUUCU